AUGGAUGGAAUCAAAUAUGCAGUAGUUACAGACAAAAGCUGUAAACAAGUCAAGUGUGUAGCCGUAGUCACAGACUGGUUAUGUACAGGUCUUCAGAUAGUGCUAGCUGAUUACAGUAUUCAAUUUCAACCCAACCUUCUCAAGCUUGGUCUUUAUGGCCACAACAAAGGUGGACUGAUAGCAUUUGCUAUCGCGCUAGGGCACGCCGGAACAUCCCUCAAGUUCUCUGCAUUAAUAGGAAUAGACCUAGACCUCGUCGCUGGCUGUAGUCCCAAUUUCCAAUUACCACCCCACAUUCUCACCUAUGUUCCUUACUCAUUCGAUCUGGGAAUACCGGUUUCUGUAUUUGGUACCAGCUUGGGUGAUGAACUGAAAGAAGGUUGUAUAAUGGCAAAACCGUGUGCCUUGGAUGGUGUGAACCAUAUUGAGUUCUUCACGGAGUGCAAACCUCCUUGUUACUACUUUCUUGCCAAGGAGUACGGUCACAUGGACAUGUUAAAUGAUAACGCAGUGAGUGGUUGUGCGUGCGCGAGCGGAGACAUACCAAGUGAUUAA